AUUUGGAAAGAUCGAUCAACACAUUCUCUGUUUGUUUUGCUGUCGCUCUCUCAUCAGAUCGGAAUACGCAAAACGCGUCCUCUCUCAUGGAUCAUGGACCUCCAAGUCUCCGUCGACUUGUUCAUCAUGUCUGCAAUCUACAAGUCCCUCUCUUCACCUCGUCCGUCUUACUACGCCGGCCCCUCUCAAUCCGUCAUCCUUCACCUAUAUCCACGUCAAUACCAAUAACAACAAUCUCCCCGCAAAGCCGCUAGUCGCUAGCCAUGUCGUCGACUCACGAGGACGGAGCGUUAGGACACCUGGACGAAGCAGACCGACACAGGGUCCAGAAGGUGAUUGCCCAUUACGCUGAGCACAAAAAGGGUCGCAUCUACAUGGAGAGCGCGUACGACCUACUGUUAUCGCCGCCUGCCCCGCUGGUUGUCUUGAUCAACGAAGCCCGCUGCGAUCGCUGCAAAGAUACCUCGGAAGAAGCUUGUAUUCUGUACAAGACUUCCCAAGUCCCCUUGGUAUAUGCCAAGUGUGUUCGUUGCGUGACCGCCAAAGGCCCCUGCUCGCUCGUCCCGGCCAAACAAUCCUGCUCUGCUCGCAAACGAGCUUUCCCUGAUGUCAAACCUUCUUCAGACGUCAAACCGUCCUCUGCUGGAGCCUCAGCAGGCACAGACAUCGCCGCACUGCUUGCUCAAGCUCGCGAGCAUCAUUCGAUCUCGCUUGAGGAGGAGGAGACGCUUGGCAAUGUUGUCAAAGACGUCAAGGAUAAGGAGGAACAGCUCAACCAGAAGUUGUGUGAUUCGAGGACAGCCGUCGAAAAUGGUCAGCGGGAUGUGGAGCAGGGGGCCGAGGAUCUAAACCUGGCGGAAGCCGCUAUUGCAGCGGCUAAUGCUCGUUGGCGGCAAGUCAUCCUCGAUAACAACGCCAAAGAUCUAGCCCUAAAGGUGGAACAGGAGAAAUUGGAAUCCCUGGAAAAUCAACUUGUCCGGGAAAGAGAGGUUGCCAUCGAGGCAGCAAGGAGCCUAGAAGAUGUAGUCAAGGACAGGGUGGCGUACGAGACCACUAUUGACAAGCUGGAGAAGAUGCAGGACAAGAUCGAGAAGGCGCAGCAGGAGAUCGAGAAGGAGCACGGGGGUCUGAAGGAGGUGCAGGAGGAGGUUGAGAGGUUGAGCAAGCGGGCCCGUUUGAACGUUCCCAAGUCUGAUGAUGUAUAAGUAGCUAGCUUUUGUAACGUCUGAUCCCUACGAUAUUCAGAACCAGCG